AUGGAGAAUUCAACAAUCAUAAAGGGAGAAGAUAUCUACAAUAGAGAUGAAUCAUCGAUUAUGACCAACAUGCUUUCCCUCCCAAAUGAUUUGGUGAUCGACAUCUUAGCUUCUCUAUCUGCAUCAUCUCAUUCUGAUUUUCUUAGGGCAAAAACCGUCUGCAAGACCUUGAACGAAUUAGGCGACAAUGAUUUUAUAUAUCAAAUCAUGUCUUUAAAAGGUAUAGAGUUAGUUCCGUGGAACAAAGAUAAACAACAAAUUCUAUUAGAACGAUGCAUACAAUGUCAUAAUUCAGAAGCCUUUUAUAGACAAGGAAUGGUGGACUAUUUUAGCGACAAAGGUACUAGUGUGGAUUAUUUACAAAAGGCGGCAAAUUAUGGACAUGCGGGAGCACUCUAUGUAAUUGGAAUUAUCUCUCUUUUUGGAGAUACAGAAUCAAAUAAAAAAGGGAUUGAAAUUCUAAACCAAAAUAAUCUUAAAGGAAUAUUAUGGAAGUGUCGUAAAGAGAUGGUUCUUUUCAUAUACAUGUUAUGGACGAAUAUCCCGACAAUCAUGAAUAAAGAUGUGGUUUGUUGUUUAAAUCACAACAACUAUCAAAAGAAGUGGAGAUUUACGUGGCCAGUUGACGAUGGUGAUGAUAAUGUAGAAUGCAAGGCAUGCAAAUGCGACAGGGAGCUUGAUUAUUUAAUGUCUUCUCUUGGAAUUGAUCGUUGA